GUCUUCCACCAUUUCGCUGCGUAAAGUCUCCUCCCCGCGACCGCUACAUUCUGCGCCGAAACCCAGAGUCUCUCGCGGUCCGUAUUUUAACUUCUUCCCACAGACCUAGUGGUACCUCGUUGGGUACCGGGAGACAGAUUGGAUUACUGACAUCAAGGAUUGAGUGUGAUUUUACGCGGAUGACGACUCCUUCAACGAGAAUUUAGUAAAAGAAAAUUGGUCGGAAAUUUCAGAAUAUGUCGAGGGGACCCUAAUUUCAGCAUCCUGGAAGUAGAAAGCACUGAAGAUCUGUGUCUCACACCACAGACAGGUGCAGUGUGUAGCCGGGGCAGCACAGAGAAAGCAAGCUCUGGGGAGGAGGCGGUGCGGCAGGGUGCCUCUCCGGCUGUGGAUGUGCAGGGUGGCAACCCUCAGGCUGCACAGAAUGUGGCUGGGGAGUCACCUCAGCAUGCCCCGCAGCCGGUCGCAGCUGCCCCCCGCCCAGUCCCUCCUUUCACCAAUCUGUCCACUUUGCCACUGCCAGAGAGCAACGACUCAACAUUCUUCGGCAUGGAGAGCGCCCGUCAGACCAUCUUGCCGGAGACACUCCCGAUCACCAGCGUCUCCGAAGAAGUCCCAGCUGGGGAUAGUGUUGUCGGAGUUUCGAGAUCCUUGCCAACAUCCCUCAACGCGGACGGCAGUUCCUCCGCUGAGAUGCAAAGGCUUUCAGCUCCCCUUUCUCCCCCUCUCGUCCCAGAAACACAAAUUGACAGCACAGUGCAAGAGUUGCAAUACGGGUCAAAAAUUGAUAAAGAGAAAAGCCACACAAAUCAAGUGCAGCCGCCUAGAGAAGCUGCUGGACUUGUGGUUAUCACAGGGACAAAGGAAAAACAGUCCAUCACAUUGGAAUAUAAACCAGAGACUGGAACAAAAGUGGAACUUUGCGGAAAAGAGCACACAGGUGGAAAUAUUCUUCUCCGACCCAAAUCUCAAAUCUGUUUCCGAGCCCCAGUUCCCUCUGUCUCACAAUCGAGUGUUGUUAUUAAAGUCCAAGACACCACAGAACACAGGGAUAUGGUCCUGGACUCGGAAACAUCUACAAUCCCUUUACCCUCGUCUGGAAACGGUGAGAUUAAACAAAGUGACUUGUCAAAAACACAACCUAAAAUCACCACAGAGCUCUCAGCUGAUGCCAGAGAAAUGCAGAAAGCUAAUUCUUUGGAAUCAGUUGAGAUGUCUGAGCCUGUCAAAGAGCUUGUUGACACUUCUCACAACGAGAGACAACCUCCCUCUGCUGCAAUACUUGGGACCAACAUCCAGAGGAGCUGCGAUCCACUCGUAGGAGAGCAGGCGGAGAGUAGCAUGAAGGAAGACCAAACUGACACCUCCUCAUCUGACAUCACAAUGCUGCCAGAGUGCUCUUUCUCACAGGAGAGUUACUCGAAACCCUCCGCUGCACCCCCUCUGUUUGUCUCAGUGCAGACGGAGCCGGUUGUUGAAUCGGAAACAUCUCACCCCUGUGAACAAGAGACGCCACUAACUGCCGAGCUUGUGCAUUCAGCCGAGGCUCAAGAAAUCGUUGUGGUCAGGGAGGAAGCUCACAUCAGCGGGGACUGGACUAACAUGCACCUGAAUCAGAGUUACCUCCUGCAGAGAGAAGAUGGCAGCAUCUGUGAAGCUGCCAUUGUAAACCAGCUGAGUUCUGGGGAACCAAAGCUGUAUGAAGAAAGUGUUCAAGCAGACAUCGAGAUGGACUCGCAGCCUGUGGAAGUGUACGAGUUUUGCACCCUGGUGGAGGAGGUAGCGGAGGAAGUAUGUGCCAGCAGCAGCGCACUGGUACCCCACUCUCCGGGAUACGAGGUGAACUUAUUCAACGCGUUACUCGAACACUCUGUGGACCUUGAACCAGCAAUUCACACACUUAAUGAAAGUGAACCUGUCAUUAUUUCCCAGGAGCCUUCAGCAUCGCAUGAUGCAAAUCAGAUACAGGCAAACCUUAAUUCCCAUAGUUUGUCCAUACAAAACACUGGGGCAGCUGCUGUCGUCAGGCAGCAUUUGGUAUUAGAUGCUAACCAAGCUGUUCAAGUGGCUAACUCAAGUGAAGUUAGUUUAGUUGAAGUAGCUGCUGACUCAUUCACUGUUGAACAGACAGACACUGGCCAACAAACACCUUGCUCACAGGUCAAUGAGGCAAUAUCAGACCAAACAGAGUUGGGUGAUUCUCCUGCAAUUCAAAGGACUCUCCUUAAACAGGAAGCAGAAGCAACAGCUGGUGCACUGUCUUUCAUAGCCCCCUCUCUAAAUCAGACUGUAAGUGCUACAAAGCGUGAGGCCUGUGUUUCUUCACAUGAAGGGACCAAAGAAACCCCCCCUGCUUUGACUGAGACUCCAUCACAGAAAAUCCAGAAUGUUGCUGUGCCCACAGAAACCAAACCAGAGGCUUUCUGCACCACUCGCAUCUCUGGUACUAUAAAUCCAAAGCUGCUCCGUCUUAAACCGGGAGAAACUCCUCUCCUGAAGCACCCACCCUCCAUUUUGGCACGGCUGUCCAAGCAACAGAAUGCGGCUGGCAAGCUGGCAGUGAAUGACCACAGCUCUGAGGAGUGCCUUCCCCAAACUGUCUCGGACUCUUUAUGUGCGCCUGUGGCUCUUGGCGUCCAGAAAGAUCAGACGCAGUGCUCUGACAAUACCAUUUCUGUGUCAGCAGCCCCGCCUGUCAAGGUACAGCAGCCCACUACGAGUGGUAUCUCACUUCAACCUGUCCAGACUGCAUCUGUCACAACCUCAACAAGCAAAUCUGACAAAGAGGCCUUAAAUGUUACUGAAACUACAAGUGAAGAGUCCCAAGAUGUUGUCACCCCUACUACGUCUAACUCUUACAUGCUCUCAGCACCAGUGGAAAGGGAAGAUGAAGCAUCUACCAGUCUCAAUGAUCCCCCCAGCCAACAGGACUCCCUCCAUGUGGAGGAAGAGAGUGAAGACAUGGAGCCGGACGAACCAACGGACGAAACCGAGGCUCAGGAGGACGCCUCAGGGCAGGUCAGCAGCCCAGAAGAAGGAAGUGACGAAGAACCAGACUGCGACAAAACGGAAGGCGGGAUGAACACCCCCAGCUCUCCAAACAAGGUACGCCAGUGGAUAGCAGACAGGGUCACGGAAAAUUCAUCUCCCGUUCCACCCUCCACCUCCUCUUCUUACCCGGGUCCCUCACCCUCCAGUGAUUGGUCGAACCUACAACGGGACAAGUCUUCACCUCUCCGGGGUCCUCAUGGGAAGUUUGUGUCUCCCAUUUCUACUGGCGGAAGAUGCAGUUCCUCCUCUUCCCCACCUGAACAGGUCACUCCUCAGCGCCCCCGCGGAGAGCGUCACACAGACAUGGCAGAGCUGGCCAAACAUGAAGCAGACAUCGAGCAUCGGACCCAGUCACUGAAGCGGGAGGGCUUCUGGUCAAUGAAGCGUCUCACCCGCCUGACGGAGCCGCCGCGACCCAAAGUUCACUGGGACUACCUGUGUGAGGAGAUGCAGUGGCUCUCUGCAGACUUCGCUCAGGAGAGGCGCUGGAAGAGAGGAGUGGCUAGAAAGGUGGUCCGAAUGGUGAUGAAAUACCACGAGGAGCUGAGGCAAAAAGAAGAAAAAGCCAAGCGAGACGAGCACUCUAAGAUCAGAAGAGUCGCCUCUUCUAUCGCCAAGGAGGUCCGGGCUUUCUGGAGCAGUGUGGAGAAGGUGGUUCAGUACAAGCAGCAGUCCAGACUGGAGGAGAAGAGGAAGAAGGCUUUGGACCUUCAGCUGGACUUCAUUGUUGGACAGACGGAGAAAUACUCGGACCUCCUCAGCCAGUCGCUCGCACCCACCGGACCUGCCGAAGAUGAACCUGAGCCUGUCACAGAGACUCCCCCAAAACCUGCGACACCUGCCGCGGAUGAGGAGGACAGAGACUUUGAACCUCCCUGUGAGGAAGAGGAUGAUGAACAGACCUUAGAUGUGGAGGAGCAGCAGGAGGGCAAUGAUGCUGAGAGCCAUCGGAGGGAGAUUGAACUGCUGAAGGAGGAGGGCAUGCUGCCCCUGGACCAAUUACUCAGCACCAUCAAACUGGCUCAGGAGUCGGUCUCAGAUGGAGAAUGCUCUGAUGAAAGCUCUUCAUCAAAGGUGAAGGAAGAGGAAGAUGGUGAAUUCGCUGCCAAUGAAGAGGAUGCUAAGGAUGAGGAGGACACCAUAGAUGACCAGGAGAAGGUGGAGGGAGAUGUGAACCAUGCAGAGGAACUUGAUGACUUGGCCAGAGAAGGUGAAAUGAGCGUCGAGGAGCUGCUGGAGAAGUACAAAGGAGCGUAUGCAUCAGACUUUGAGGCUCCGUCUGGAUCUGGCUCUAAAGAGAGUUCUGAUUCGGAGGUGUCUGGGGAUGAGGAGGAGGAGACUGAAGAAGAUGAGAGUGAUGUGGAAAGCAACUCUUCCUCUUCAGAUUCAGCUGGAGAAAGCAGGCAAGAUGAUGACAGUGAGAAAGAAGAAGAGGGCAGUGAGGAGGAAGAAGAAGAUGAUGGCUGUGAAGAUGAAGGGAUGGAGGUUUUGCUGAAGGAGGGGGACAACAGCCCACCUUCCUCCAGCUCACGACCAAAGAAAGAGAUCAGCCACAUCGCUGCCACUGCAGAGAGCCUGCAGCCUAAGGGCUACACGUUGGCUACUGCAAAGGUCAAGACCCCCAUCCCCUUCUUGCUUCAUGGCACGUUACGAGAAUACCAACACAUUGGACUUGACUGGCUGGUCACCAUGUACGAGAAAAAGCUCAACGGCAUUCUGGCUGAUGAGAUGGGACUGGGCAAGACUAUCCAGACCAUCGCUCUGCUGGCUCACCUCGCCCUUGAAAAAAGUAACUGGGGGCCUCACCUCAUCAUCGUCCCCACCAGUGUGAUGUUGAACUGGGAAAUGGAGCUAAAACGAUGGUGUCCUGGAUUUAAAAUCCUCACAUACUUUGGCAGCCAAAAGGAGAGAAAGCUGAAGAGACAGGGCUGGACGAAGCCUAAUGCUUUCCACGUGUGCAUCACUUCGUACAAGCUGGUGCUGCAGGACCACCAGGCGUUCCGACGCAAGUCCUGGAGAUACCUGAUCCUGGACGAGGCACAAAACAUCAAGAACUUCAAGUCCCAGCGCUGGCAGAGCCUGCUGAACUUCAACAGCCACCGGCGCCUGCUGCUGACAGGAACUCCUCUCCAGAACAGCCUGAUGGAGCUGUGGUCUCUGAUGCACUUCCUCAUGCCCCACGUCUUCCAGUCCCACCGCGAGUUCAAGGAAUGGUUCUCCAACCCGCUGACGGGAAUGAUCGAGGGCAGCCAGGAGUACAAUGAGGGCCUGGUCAAGAGGCUGCACAAGGUGCUGAGGCCGUUCCUGCUCAGGAGGAUCAAGAUCGACGUGGAGAAGCAGAUGCCCAAAAAAUACGAGCAUGUUGUGCGCUGUCGCCUCUCCAAGAGACAACGGUUUCUCUACGAUGACUUCAUGGCACAGGCCUCGACCCGGGAAACGCUGGCGAGCGGUCACUUCAUGUCUGUGAUUAACAUCUUAAUGCAGCUCCGCAAAGUGUGCAACCACCCCAACCUGUUCGACCCUCGGCCCAUCCAGUCGCCCUUCAUCACCAAGCCCAUUGUUUUCCAUACAGCCUCUCUGGCGAUGGACGCUCUGGAGAUCUCCCCUUUGAAGCGCUGCGACCUUUCAAUGUUUGACCUUGUUGGUUUGGAGAGCCGUGUGUCCCGCUACCAGGCAGACAUCUUCUUGCCACGCCACAAGGUCAACCGGCAACUCAUCCAGGAGGUCAUGGAUUACCCUGAACCCCCUCCGAGACCUAAACCGGUCCGCAUGAAGGUCAACAGGAUGUUCCAGCCGCCUCCUAAAAGUGAUAACCGACCGGUCCUCCUGAUGAAUAAACCCACCUGCUCAGUGCCUCCUGCAGCACAGACCCCUAAAUCUCUAGUUGCUGAAGUCUCCACAGCUGCUGCUCCUGUGGUUCAACAAGUGGUGUGUACAGUGGCAACCACGGCCCCCCCUCGCCUGCCCAUGCAUCCAGCUCAAAUUGCAGUGAGAGCCAGCGCUCCAAAGCCAGUGCUGACCGUUCGGCCUCCCACUGCUUCCUGCACCACCAGCAUCGCCGCUCAUCCAGGCCCCGUCCCCGGCAGCGUCCUGCCCCAGAGGGUGCUGCUCAGUCCGGACAUGCAGGCCAGGUUGCCUUCUGGUGAGGUAGUGAGCAUAGCCCAGCUGGCCUCUCUGGCAGGGCGUCCUGUGUCGUGUCAGGGCAGUAAACCUGUCACCUUCCAGCUGCAAGGCAACAAGCUGACUCUGUCUGGAGCCCAGCUCCACCAGGUCCCAGCAGCUUCCCCACGCUCUGUGCAAGGUAAUGUGAUGCACCUGGUGACCAGCGGGAUGCAGCACCACCUCAUCAGCCAGACCACCCAGGUGACAGUCCAGAGCGCAGUCAGCACCUCCGCCACUGCUCCAGCUUCCAAUCGGAUGCCUCACAAUAUCACAGCGCAAGUGGUCCCCUCCUUGGUGAGCAGCCCGGGUGUGGUGAAGAUCGUUGUGCGUCAGACAGCAGGCAAGGACGGUGGACCCGUGCCGACCCUGGCAGUGGCCCCUUCCCCUCGUUUUGGUCCUCUGGCCUCCCUUUCCCCUCAUCCUCACGCCACCACAACCCCCGUUAGAAUCCCAGCUCCACUGCAAAUUGCCCAGCGCACCCCCGGUCCUGCUACUGCUCACUACACCAUAGCUCCUCCUGGAAACCCUAGCUCUACCCCAAACCAGCUCCACCCCACUCGCCCCAUCCUCAAGGUAGUGCAGCCCCCUCCACCGAGCACAGAGCAGCCAGCUCCAGUUCAGGUGAGCUCCUCGUCCUCUGCGUCCAAACCCCUGGCAGCACCGCAUGAGAGCAGCAACAGCAACAACAGCAGUCAAACACCAGCUACCACUAAGUCCAGGCCCAGUGCAAAACCCCUCCCUCCACCCAGGAGAAGGCCGCCACCACCUCCCCGCUCUCCUUUCCACUUGGCAUGGAUGGCAGAGAGCCAGAAACAGCAGCGUGACAGCCGACUGGACUUCAUCAUUAGAGUGAACGAGAACCGCUGUGCAGCGAAGCCCAUGUAUGGCCGAGAGGUUCUGAACUUCCUGACUUUUCUCCCUGGAAGCCAUCCCUCGCCGGCCCCCCUGAGCGCUCAGGGGGAGUGGGGCCGCUCGGGUCACAGCAGCGCUCUGUACGCUCAGUGGCAAAACAAAUCUGACUUCUGGUUCCAGAGUCAAGCUGUGAGAGAGGCCAUCCACAGCAUUGAUGACAGACUGGAGCUGCUCAAUCCCAUUAUAGACAGGUUUACAUUUGCAAUUCCCCCAGUGGAGGCUCGUCCGAUCUCCAUGCACUGCUGCCACCCUCCACCCUCCUUGAGCCACAAGCAGGCCGUCUUCUCCACUCAGCUGUCGGCUCAAGUCACUCCGCUGGCUCGCAGUCUCCAUCGUAUCCAGUGUUACACGCGGACCCAGUUCCCGGACCUGAGGCUCAUACAGUAUGAUUGCGGUAAGUUGCAGACUCUGCACACUCUGCUGCGAAAGCUGAAGACAGGAAGCCACAGAGUGUUGAUCUUCACUCAGAUGACGCGCAUGUUAGAUGUGCUGGAGCAGUUCCUCAACUACCACGGACACAUCUACCUGCGUUUGGAUGGCAGCACCCGUGUGGAGAUGAGACAGUCUCUCAUGGAGCGCUUCAAUGCAGACCGGCGUAUUUUCUGCUUCAUUUUGUCGACUCGCAGCGGAGGUGUAGGGGUAAAUCUGACUGGCGCCGACACAGUCGUCUUCUACGACAGCGACUGGAACCCCACCAUGGACGCUCAGGCACAGGACCGUUGCCACCGAAUCGGCCAGACCAGAGACGUACACAUCUACAGGCUGAUCAGCGAGCGAACAGUGGAAGAGAAUAUUUUGAAGAAGGCAAAUCAGAAGAGGAUUCUGGGAGAUAUGGCUAUUGAAGGAGGAAACUUUACUACUGCUUUCUUCAAAGAGCAAACUAUCCGAGAUCUGUUUGAUAUGAAUGAUGGGGAGAAGAAGGAGGCGGCAGUCGAGCUAACAGUGUCGCAACCUGAGGAGGAGGAGGCUGUCAACAAACAGAGCACCACCAUUCUGGAGCAGGCCCUAUGUCGUGCUGAGGAUGAGGAGGACAUAGUAGCAGCCUCUCAGGCCAAAGCGGAGCAGGUGGCAGAACUUGCAGAGUUCAACGAGAACAUACCACUGGAUGAUGCAGGAGAACAGGAGGAGGUGGAGGAGCUCUCAAAGGCAGAGCAGGAAAUUGCUGCUCUGGUGGAGCAGCUCACCCCGAUUGAACGCUAUGCCAUGAACUUCCUGGAGGCCUCACUAGAAGACGUAUGCAAAGAGGAGUUGAAGCAGGCUGAGGAGCAAGUGGAGGCUGCCAGGAAGGGCCUGGACCAGGCCAAGGAGGAAGGCCUAAAGCUCAACGCUUCAUCCGAUGACGACGACAAUGACUCGUCACUGACAGCUUCUGUGGAGCCUACUCAGCCAGGCCGCCGUGGCCGUAAACCCAAGGAGGCAAGCAAGAACGUCUCCUCUACCAGGACCAGCGGUCGGCUGCGCGGGGCAUCGCCCGAAACUGAGCCUGAAAAGUCGCCCACGUCGCCAAAAGAAGUGCCUGAAAGACUGCGUUGUGGUCUGAGACGAGGAGCUGCCAAAGACUCUGAUACUGUGUCUACCACACCAUCCCACACAGACGAUAAUAAAACGUCCUCAUCAACCAGACUUCAAGAUUCCUCUAAAUCGUCAAAAGCCUCAUCUCCUGCCAGAGAUCAACACACAAUCAAAACCAGGACUUUGCCGAACCGCUCUCAUUCCAGUCCAGUGCCUUCCCCUCCAACAAGCUCUCCUCCCACAAGGAAACAACCGUCUCUUGGGGAGACCGACAGCAAGACCUCAAAAGACUGCAGAGAGGAGAAAGAAUCCGAGUCAUUGCCAGAAUCCAGCUUCCCGGUAGACCACGAAGCAAAAGAUUAUGACACCAAAGACCACAGCGCAAUGUCUCCACCCUCCACCAGCUCUCGAUCGCCUCGCAAGCGCCAGUCAGCAGACGAAGAAGUCCUGCGCGGCCUUGUCGAAGAUUCCCCAUCAGCCAAAGUCCUGCGGAAGCUUCCUGGGAGGCUGGUCACGGUGGUGGGGGAGAAGGAGCCACGAAGGAGGAGGCGGCGAGGAAGCGGCACUGGAGCUUCUUCAGAGGAGGCUACCGCAGAGGAGAACCCUUCCGGAUCAGUCGAAGAAUCAAACACAAAAGACAACACAAAAGACAACCCAUCACCAAGCUCCGACAGCAAAACUAAAGGGGCCGUUGCUCAAUUUCCACAGGACCAAGACUCUACUCCAAAACCUUCUGUGCACCAUCCACCUGUCAGAAGUUACGCUCCAUAUUCUCCAGCUCAUCUUUCUCCUGACAUGCCUGUGCUGAGAAAUCUUCCUGUACGCCGCAGGUUGGAAACUGAAUCUCGCAUGGCUGCUCAGCUGGGAGAGCAGCUUUUGAGUCGGGGAAGAGCGAACCAGUCCAGAAAAACUGAAACAACACCGGGCAAAGACACAACCUCUACAGAGUCCAAUGUCAAUUCUCUUGCGGGAAAUUUGAAAAGAAAGAGGGGCCGGCCCCCUAAGACUCCCCCAAGGUUACCUGAGGCUGGCAACACAGUGGCCUCUUCCCCACAGCCCACAUCGCAAAGCGAAGAAGGGAACCCUCCAAACUCCCCGAAACGUAAGAGGGGGCGUCCUCGCAAAGACUCCACAACCUCGCCAGAAACUAUUAGUGAAGAACAGAACUCUAAAAAUGAAUCCACUGAAAAUGAUGCAAGCAAAGAGCCAACAGUACUGUCUCUCAAUGUGUCGGAGACACCCAUAGCAGAUGUUAUCACUACAAGUCAGGACUCCCAGUCUACCAAAGCUGAGGAAAUGGACACUAAGAGUGAGGUUUCAACCCCUGCUCCAAACCCAGCUCAAGCUCACACAACCACAACCACAGAUACAGUUUCAAAACCAGCUUUACCCCUAUCACCCACUGUACCUGCACCCCUUCCUGUAGCUGCCUCCACACCAGUCUCAGCCCAAUUCCUUAAUUCAGAUCUGACUUCAGUUCCAAGCUCAGACACAGCACACCCACAGGUGUCCUCUGUAACACAUUCUAUGUCUGCUGUUACAACCACCACCCAUGCAGCUCCAUUGGUACCCACCAGUACUGUUGCGUCAACCAAUAAGGGUGUAAAACCAACAGCUGCCAAUACUCACAUACAGCCAAAACCUUCAGUUUCUACAACUGCUAAAGCUCAAGUAGAGCCCAAACCAUUGGUUUCUACAACUCCUAAAGCUCAAGUAGAGCUCAAACCAUCGGUUUCUACAACUCCGAAAGCUCAAGUAGAGCCCAAACCUUCAGUUUCUACAACUCCUAAAGCUCAAGUAGAGCCCAAUCCUUCAGUUUCUACAACUCCUAAAGCUCAAGUAGAGUUCAAACCUUCCGUUUCUACAACUUGUACAACUCAAGUAGAGCCCAAACCUUCAGUUUCUACAACUUCUGCAGCUCCUGUAGAGCCCAAACCUUCAGUUUCUACAACUUCUGCAGCUCCUGUAGAGCCCAAACCUUCAGUUUCUACAACUUCUACAGCCUCUGUAGAGCCCAAACCUUCAGUUUCUACAACUUCUGCAGCUCCUGUAGAGCCCAAACCAUCAGUUUCUACAACUUCUGCAGCCCCUGUAGAGCCCAAACCUUCAGUUUCUACAACUUGUACAACUCCCGUAGAGUCCAAACCUUCAGUUUCUACAACUUCUGCAGCCCCUGUAGAGCCCAAACCUUUAGUUUCUACAACUGCUGCAGACCCUGUAGAGCCCAAACCUUCAGUUUCUACAACUUCUGCAGCUCCUGUAGAGCCCAAACCUUCAGUUUCUACAGCUUCUGCAGCUCCCGUAGAGCCCAAACCUUCAGUUUCUACAACUUCUGCAGCUCCUGUAGAGCCCAAACCUUCAGUUUCUACAACUUCUGCAGCCCCUGUAGAGCCCAAACCUUCAGUUUCUACAACUUCUGCAGCUCCUGUAGAGCCCAAACCUUCAGUUUCUACAACUUCUGCAGCCCCUGUAGAGCCCAAACCUUCAGUUUCUACAACUUCUGCAGCUCCUGUAGAGCCCAAACCUUCAGUUUCUACAGCUUCUGCUGCCCCUGUAGAGCCCAAACCUUCAGUUUCUACAACUUCUGCAGCUCCUGUAGAGCCCAAACCUUCAGUUUCUACAACUUCUGCAGCCCCUGUAGAGCCCAAACCUUCAGUUUCUACAACUUCUGCAGCUCCCGUCGAGCCCAAACCUUCAGUUUCUACAACUUCUGCAGCUCCUGUAGAGCCCAAACCUUCAGUUUCUACAGCUUCUGCAGCCUCUGUAGAGCCCAAACCUUCAGUUUCUACAACUUCUGCAGCCUCUGUAGAGCCCAAACCUUCAGUUUCUACAACUUCUGCAGCCCCUGUAGAGCCCAAACCUUCAGUUUCUACAACUUCUACAGCUCCCGUAGAGUCCAAACCUUCAGUUUCUACAACUUCUGCAGCCCCUGUAGAGCCCAAACCUUCAGUUUCUACAACUUCUACAGCUCCCGUAGAGUCCAAACCUUCAGUUUCUACAACUUCUACAGCUCCCGUAGAGCCCAAACCUUCAGUUUCUACAACUUCUGCAGCUCCCGUAGAGUCCAAACCUUCAGUUUCUACAACUUCUGCAGCUCCUGUAGAGCCCAAACCUUCAGUUUCUACAACUUCUGCAGCCCCUGUAGAGCCCAAACCUUCAGUUUCUACAACUUCUGCAGCUCCUGUAGAGCCCAAACCAUCAGUUUCUACAACUUCUGCAGCUCCUGUAGAGCCCAAACCUUCAGUUUCUACAACUUCUGCAGCCCCUGUAGAGCCCAAACCUUCAGUUUCUACAACUUCUGCAGCUCCCGUAGAGCCCAAACCUUCAGUUUCUACAACUUCUGCAGCCCCUGUAGAGCCCAAACCUUCAGUUUCUACAACUUCUGCAGCCCCUGUAGAGCCCAAACCUUCAGUUUCUACAACUUCUGCAGCUGCUGUAGAGCCCAAACCUUCAGUUUCUACAACUUCUGCAGCUGCUGUAGUGCCCAAACCUUCAGUUCCUACAACUUGUAAAGCUCAAGUAGAGCCCAAACUUUCAGUUUCUACAACUUCUAAAGCUUGUAAAGAGCCCAUUCCUUCACCUAUUACAAAUUCACAAGCUCUUGUAGAGCCUGAAAUUGCACAUACUACAACUUCUAAAGCUUCUGUAGAGCCUAAACAAUCAGUUUCUUCAACAACUGUGAAAACAACAGACCCAGGCCCCGCUAAAACCACCACAGUAGCGCCACCAGCUGCUAGCACUCCAUUGACUUUACCCUCUUCCAUGAUGGCUGUCAAAGCUGUUCCAACAUCAAUCCCUGCCACAGCAACUGCUAAUAAGGGCAUAUCAGAAACAGUCAGGAUUACUUCACCAGUCACUACAGUAAAAUCAGUCACAUCUAAAAAUACAGCUGUAAAGGACUUGCCACAGGCCUCCUCUCUUCCAUCCACAACAUCAACCUCAGCUGUUGUAACCUCCACCCCACCUACAGCUUCACCAAAACCCACUUCGACAUCUUCCCCCACUUCAGCAACAACCACAUUAACAGUAAAAUCAGUCCAAGCUAGUCCAUCAGACGCUAGCACAGUUUCCACAGAACAUCCAACAACGCCUGCUUCUAGAAUACCAUCAGAAUCAUCUGUGUCAUCGUCUGCUGCAAAUACAGUUCCAUCUUCUCCAAGGACUAAUUUGACACCAACCAAACCAGACUCGACCAUUGCUCCGACACAUGAAGGUGGCUACAUAAAAUGUCCUCUUCCAACAACAGCAACAUCUACUACUGUAACUACCACAGCCAAGGAGAAGGCAGUGGCUGUUACAGAGAAGACAGAGAAAGUCCAAGUCACCACCCCUUUAGAAACAGCAUCCCCUUCCAAAGAACAAACAACUGCAGAAAAGACUGUCAAGAUCCCAUCUCCCGUGACAACUUCUACACCAGCUCCAUUACCAACAGUUACCACAACUACAUCACCCCCAGAAAAGUCCAUGACAGUUUCUACCACAAACAUCAAAACUACUCGAGUGUCCUCUGCUAUAGUCGCCCCUGUGACUCGAUCAACUGUAGAAGUUAACCCAACAAAUACAGUUCCUGUAUCCACCAGACAAACGACUCCAGAUGCUUCCCUGCAAGUACAAUGCUCUGCAUCCAGUGAGGUACCAACACCUGCUCCCUCUAUUGUUACAUCUGAGAAACAAUCACUAAAACACAAAGCACCUGCAUCUAAAAGUGACCCAGACGGGUUGGAAGAAGUAGGUAAAACAGAAGCUGAGGCAAAAGCUAGCAAGGAGGAGGAUCAAGAUGAAGAAACGGACAUCCGUAAGUCUCAGCGUAAAAGGAGGAAGGUGGAGAGUUCGUCAGGGGCCAAAGACUUUGAGUCGUCAAGGAAGGGGACUCUGCGUGGAUCUGCCGCUCAGAAAGAAGAACCUAAGCAGAAAGGGUCAGAGCAAACUCCAAUCCAAAAAAGGCCUCUUAGCCGCCAGAGUAGCCAGGACUCUGCUCGCUCCUCUUCUUCAUCAUCUGGGUGCUCAACCCUAACUCGUCAAGCUCACCACAAGAGGACUUACGAGAAUAGACUUCCUACCAAGAAGAGGCGCAUGGGGAACGAGGAGAAUAACAAAGAGGAUAAGAAGCACACCUCUCGGGGAAGGCGUUCCAGGUCUUCUUCUUCCUCGGACUCUGACACCAGUGAGCACAGGGAAGAGCAUCGGUUAACACGCUCAGCUAAACACAGGCUGCAACAUCAGGAGAAGGAGAAGGGCAACAGCCAACAAGGAAAGACACCCGACAGGAGUGCAUCAAACAAUACCAACGCAUCCACAGGUGGAGAGUCCGGCAGUGAUACAUCUUCUGUCAGGAUCACCAGAAAGUCUGCAGGAUCUAAGUCCUCGCAAGAAAGUAAAGCUCAAACAAACAGCGUGCCCUUGAUUCCUCCUGAGCCUGAAGUCCUUGGGAAGAGGUGCUCGGCUCUCAAUGCUGCAGCCAAGCUCCUGGCAAUGAAAGGCAGGGUGGAUACCCCUGGCCACACCACUCGGAAAGACUAUGGUGCUAAGGCUGCCGGGACUUCCCCUGCCUCUUCUGACAAGAACCAAAAGCCUAAAAGCAAAAUUGUUCCAGCCUCCCCUCAGAGUAACUCUUUAAAUCUUAGUAAUAAUAAAAGCAGUAGCAGCAAAACUUUAACACCCAACCAGACAAGCCACUCUGCUUCCCGCUCAACCAGGCAGCGCCCCGGUUCUCUGGUUCCACCCCUGGAAGUGGAGUACAAGAGGUCUAAGGCAGAUGAAAAAGACAGGGGGGCUAGAAGGUCUUCAAGGAUCAAGGAAGGCGAGGCAGAGGCGCUGUCUUCCUCCCGAGGCCACAGUGCCUGCAGCAGCGUGAGCAGUGACGGCGAGGGCGACGCUGGCGGACGCAGCAGCAGGAGUCGCAGCAGCAGCAGCAACAGCAGCCAGCGGACCCGCAGCAUCAGCUCUCAGAACACGGAGCGCCGAGAGUCCCGCGCCACUUCCUCCGGCAGCGAGCGAGAGAGGGAUCGCAGCUCCGAGAGCAGAGACAAAAGAGACAGGCACCGCAGGGAGAGCCUGAGGUCGCAUAAGCUCACGCAGGAGGUGACCAGCAGUUCGGGAGCAGAGGGGACUCCGGACCGGGUCCUGCGGAGCGUCGCGGCCCUCGCAGCGGUGCAGGCCCGGUCACCGGCCGCAAGCACCCGCUCCUCGUUUGGUCACCACCGUCACAACAAGACAUGAUCAGAGUGCCAAAGGGAAAAAAUAAAAGCGAGAGCACGAUACGAGGGCACGUCAUGACCUCCAAGGUUGCUGCUUUGUGUGCACUCUUAAUGAAUGCAGCGGAACUGAGUGCUGCACAAGCCAGGGACCUCCCUGCCUCUUGGGCCCUCUCCCUUUCCAAUUUGGAGCUGGCUGACUCAGCAGCUCAGCUGGGGGAAGGCUCAGGGAAUGCCGGACUGAGAGUUAAAAGAAAAAUGUGGCGCCAUUGUUGUGCGUCCGUAAACAGACAGAGAUGGUGCAGUGGAUAAGUCGCCGCUGGGACUUGAGGGGGACAAAGGUGCAAGAGAUGAUAAAGGAAAGCUGUUAGUUCACAUUAUGUACUGUAAUCAUUAAAGACUGGAACACUCAGAUCUUAUUUGUUAAGAUGGGAUUAUACAGCACCCUCUAUCAGGGUCAUAAAUGGUAAGUCAUUUGUGUGACAUUAAAAUCUUACGAGUGACCAGUUGUAUUGUAAGUUGGAGGUUUUAGAGAGUUUGGUUUUCAAAUUUUGUCCGCUGUCCUGACUAUUGUUUCUUUGUAGUCAGUUGAUAAGUUAUGCAUAUUUUAUUAUUUCUUCCAGGCUAUUAGGAAGAGACCAGCUCUUUCUAUGUGUUCUUUGCUGCACUAUGCUGGAGCUUGUCUUUUGCUUGGGCCCUUUUUUUUUUUGUAAUGUCAGUUUCUGUUCAUUGGAUUCCUUUUUCAAUCCAGCCUUGCAUUUCUCAUUUGCACAUCUGAUAUUGUGGCCCUCGGCUUUUGAAUACAUUGUGGUGUAGUAAUACGUUUUUACAUCAACUGCAGUCUAUAAUUGGUUCCAUGUACCUCACGAUGUACUCUACAGUUUGAACAUGUAUUAAUUGAAGCUGCAACUUGUCUUGAACAGACCUGGAGCAGCAAAAAUUAAAUUUCUUUUUUCUAAUCUUCCUAAAGGCAGUUAUAGUUAUGGUCCACUUUGUCAUGUAUUAAUAUCAAAAGGGCAAGUCAAUGUUAUUAAAAUGAAGAGUGCCUCUUUGGCCAAAUGGGUUAGAACCUCAGAUUGCCUUGUGAAGCACCUGAAGCAGGGUGUCAUGCUUAUUACAAAAAAGCCAAACAAAAAGGAUACAACUCGAGAACAUCAAAAAAGCACCCUGAGCGUCAGUGCUACCAAAUUAAUGUUUUACUUUUCACCUGAAUUUAUUUGUCACCAUCACUUCAUUGCUCUUCUUUCAUGUAAAAAAAAAAAAAAAAAGAAUUACUUGGACAAAAUAUGUGAAUAAAAA